AUGCAUGUGAAAUGGUUUGGUACAGUAAUGUUUUACUAUGUGAUUUUAGUGUAUUUAGUGAAUGUCACUUUUUCACAUUUUUACAUUUCCCGCCGUUCCGUCCCCGUAUGUCCUGACGUCGCAGGGAACGGAACCCAGAAGACGGAUGCCGGCAUCCGCCGGAGGACAUUGCAGGGGACACUGCAGGAGGGACAUCGUGGGAGAGCAGGACAAGGUAAGCGAAGAAGAGAUCCCGGAGCAACGCUGCAGGGUAUUCCCAAGUGUAGCUCUGGGUUACCGCUUGUGCUACACUCGGGAAUACAGCCAGGGAGGUUA